UAUAUAAAACAUUCAAAGGCAAGGGAUAAAAUAUACAGACGCGUACGACUGAACAGAUUCUCAUACCCUUUCGCGGAAUAGAGAGACGACGGCUUAUGAAGCACAUCACGUCUAAUACAUGCCUACAAAGAUGAAACCUCCAGUUCUAAUCUGCGUGCCACAGUACAAUAACCAUGAAGUGAAAAACGAACUAAUUGAACAAUGUUUGAGUCGCCUGAGAUCCUGGUUUCAAGUUGUUUUGUUGGACGAUAUUGAGCAGAAUCCUAACAUAAAGGAAGAUAUUGUUGGCGUUGUCACACAAUCACCUAUUCAACCUCGUCUAUACAAACUGUUGACGAGUCUUCCGAAUGUGAGAGUAUAUUCAAAUCAUGGAAUGGGAGUGGAUCACCUAGAUCUGAAAUAUGCCAAAGCAAAAGGGAUACGAGUCGGGAAUACAAGAAAUGUUGUUUCUGACAGUACAGCAGAUCUGGCUAUUACUUUGAUGUUGGUUUCGACACGGAAAAUACUGCAGGGUGUCAGCAUGGCAAUGGAAAAUGAACACCCAGACUUCGUUUGUCCGAGUUUACUUAGCGCAAAUGUGAAGAAUAAAACUCUUGGAGUUGUUGGUAUGGGAGAUAUUGGUUUUAAGAUUGCUCUAAGAGCAAUGGCAUUCGGCAUGAAAAUCCUAUAUCACAAUAGAAGACGAAGAAGCAAUGAAGAAGACCUAGUCAAAGCUACGUUUUACCCUCGUUUACAAGAUAUGUUACCCGAAACGGAUGUUCUUGUGAUUGCUUGUCCUUGCACAGAACAAACGAUUAACUUGAUUAGUACAGAAGAAUUCCGGUUGAUGAAGAAAACCUCACUUUUGGUAAACAUUGGUCGAGGGAAGAUAGUUGACACCGACGCCCUUGUGAAAGCUCUUCAGACAAAUGAAAUUCAGAGUGCUGCCUUGGAUGUCACCGAACCCGAACCCCUGCCGCGAGGACACCCAUUGUUAACCAUGCCAAACGUUAUUGUAACUCCACAUUCUGGUGGAUACACCAUCGAAACUUGCCUAAAAGUGUGUGAUUUGCUCAUAGAAAAUUUAAAAUGUGGCUUGGAAGGGAAAGCGAUGCCGUCUGAAAUACUUCUAUGAAACUUAAUACCUGUGGAAAAGAUGUCUAUUUAAGAAACAAAUUAUUCCGAAAAUACCUGAAUUGUUUUUGAUUCUUGAUUCUUGUUGGAACGUUCAUAAAUGUGUCAAUGAACCGUGAAUUGUAUAUACAAGGAAAGACACCUGUAAAUGAAUGACUGAGCCAUUUCUCUUUCUCUGAAGAAAUUUACUCUGAUCUUUGACAUGUCCUGAAAGAAACAUUGUUCGUGGAACAGAUUAAAAAAAUAAAUUAUAAUAAAUGUUUUUAUUAUAAUUUUGUCGUUUGAUCAAAAUAAAAUAAAUAAA